CAAAAGAAUCCAAACUUAAGUUUCUCUCCUCCCCGUCCCUAACCCCAUGUGCAUCUCUCUCUCUGUCUCUCUCUAUAUAAGAGUGCCUUAUAGAGAAUUUUAUUUAUAAAGAAAAACAUAUAUAUUAUUCUUUGUGGCAAAAUGAAGUGGUUUAAUUAAUUAAUUUUGUGAAGAAUGGAAGUCAUUUUCUCUUCUCUCUGAUCUCUCUUUCUUAUAAUUUUUUUUUAAUCUUUUGUCUCAUAUCCCUCCCUCGACCCUUUCUCCCUCUCCCUAUAAACUCUUGAAAUCUCCCACUCCACUUCUCCCCUCUCACUUCUCUUUACAAUAACCAAAACCCAUCAUCACAAAAGAGCUUCUAAACCAAUAAUAUGGAAAUUGGUGAUGAUCAUGGUCGAACUAAUAGAUGGGAAGGAUAUGUAGAUUGGAGAAAGAAACCAGCUUUGAGAGGUCGCCAUGGAGGAAUCAUUGCAGCAUCUUUUGAUUUGGUUGUGGAAGUAUUGGAGAAUUUGGCGUUUUUAGCAAAUGCAAGCAACUUGGUGAUGUACUUAUCCCAUUACAUGCACUUUUCACCAUCAAAAUCAGCAAACAAUGUCACAGAUUUCAUGGGAACAGCCUUCCUUCUUGCCCUUCUUGGUGGUUUCCUUUCUGAUGCCUUUUUCACUUCUUAUCAUAUCUACCUCAUUAGUGCUGCCAUUCAAUUACUUGGGUUGACAGUAUUGUUGAUACAAGCCAAGAUGCCAUCGCUGAUGCCUCCUCCAUGUGAUCGCCAAGCAAAUCAUAACGCCGUGUGCGAAGAAGCGAGUGGUGGCAAAGCAGCAAUGCUGUUCGCGGGACUAUAUCUGGUGGCAUUAGGGGUUGGUGGCAUAAAGGGGUCGUUGCCAUCACAUGGGGCGGAGCAGUUUGAUGACAGUACCCCACAGGGCAGGAAAAGAAGAUCCACAUUUUUCAACUACUUCGUCUUUUGCCUCUCAUGUGGUGGCCUAAUUGCAGUGACAUUGGUGGUGUGGGUUGAAGACAACAAAGGGUGGGAGUGGGGCUUUGGAAUUGCAAUGCUCAGCAUAUUUUUGUCCAUCAUUGUCUUCUUUGCGGGAUCCCCUCUAUACCGUAAUAAAAUACCUGAUGGAAGUCCAUUCACAACAAUUAGCAAGGUUUUAGUUGCUGCAACGUUUGGUUGCUGCAUCGGCACGAACUCACGAAACUCAAUAGCGAGUAUGGCAAUGAGCCCGGCUCUUGAUGACAAGGAAGCUAAACAGAAUGCAAAAGAAAUAGAUACAACAGAUCACAUGAUGAACGAACCGUCAGAGAGUCUGAAGUUUCUAAAUAAUGCAGUUCUGAACAAGCCAUUCCAUUCAGCAUUAGAAUGUACAGUUAAAGAAGUUGAAGAGGUCAAGAUUGUUCUGAGAAUUCUACCAAUAUUUGCUUGUACCAUCAUCCUCAACUGUUGUGUAGCUCAGCUCUCCACAUUUUCGGUUGAACAAGCAUCAACAAUGGACACCAAAAUAGGUUCCUUUAAAGUUCCACCUGCAUCUCUCCCCAUUUUCCCUAUACUCUUCAUCAUGUUCCUCGCCCCGAUAUACGAUCACUUAAUCAUCCCAUUUUCUCGAAGAAUAACUAAAACCGAAACAGGAAUCACUCAUCUUCAGAGGAUAGGAGUUGGGUUACUUUUCUCUAUUGGAGCCAUGGCAGUUGCAGCAGCUGUGGAGACUAAGCGUAAGAGAGUAGCCACUGAAAACGGUCUACUCGACUCCGCUCAACCGUUGCCCAUCACAUUCCUUUGGAUUGCCAUCCAGUACUUGUUUCUCGGAUCAGCAGAUCUUUUCUCCUUGGCUGGAUCAUUAGAAUUUUUCUUCACAGAAGCACCUGCAAGCAUGAGAUCCUUGGCUACAUCUCUCUCCUGGGCUUCUCUGGCUAUGGGUUACUACCUUAGUUCAGUUAUCGUAUCAAUAGUCAACAAUGUCACAGAUCACUCUGACCACCAACCAUGGCUAUCCGGAAGAAACAUAAACCAUUAUCACCUUGAGAGAUUCUACUGGUUGAUGUGUGUGCUCAGUGGAUUAAACUUUGUGCAUUACCUAUUUUGGGCCAUGCAGUACAAGUACAGACCAAAAUCACAACAAUAGGUGAAAUAACCACAGAGACACAAAUAUAUAUAUGAUGCAAUAAUACUUACACGGUUCCACACAUUUAUUCAAACAAAUUGAAAUUAUCACCCCCAUCCAGAGGAGAACAGAAACUGACAAGCUCUGCAAAUGCUCUCAUCAUCUUUCAGCUGGCAUGGGAUUAAAUGGGAGGUUAAAUCCUUCCUCUUGGCAGAGCAGGUAGAUGUGGUAACUUGCAUGUGAAAUGUCUCAUAUCAGUGAAUUUCUGUGAUGCAAAGCAUCUUUUUAUCAAUCUCUUGUGUUUGGUUUCAAGUAAAAUUCAACCUUCUUGUUGCCAUGUCAUUAGAUGAACAACAAUAACAAAAUGGUAAUUUUAAUCAUAA